AUGUGGGCAAUUUGGUUCAUGAGAAAUAAGGUUAUAUUCGAAGAUUGCCCAAACAAGAUUGUUGAUGCCGUCUUUAGCUUCACUACCAUGGUCCGGGAAUACAAAGCCUAUGCGUGCAAGGUCUUUGAUCUGCGAGAUCAGUCCACCUCCUUGGCAUCCCAAUGGUCUCCCCCCGAAUCCAACUGGAUAAAAAUCAAUGUUGAUGCUCAUAUGGCGAAUGGCACGGACAAAGGUUUGGGAGCAGUUUGUCGUGAUAAUCAUGGUAAUUUGAUACUUGUUGGUGUUCGAGGAGUACAAGCGACAUGGUCGACGGCCGUCAGUGAGCUUACUGUUGCUGGUUUUGGUGUGGAAUUGGCCAUCCGAUUGGGUUUCUCUCACAUACAUCUCGAGGGAGAUAAUGUUGUUGUGUUCAAGGAGAUUACCAAUUCUUCUUCUGGUUUUUCUCCUUUUUAUGUUCUCCUUGAUCAGAUUCGUUCUCUCCUGAGCUCCUUUCGUGGCGUUAGGCGUAGUGUGGUUCGUCGUAGUGGAAACACUGCGGCUCAUAUGGUAGCUAGGUGGAACUUAGGCUCUUUUGGUGAUACUAUUUAUAUGCACUAUUUUCCUCAAAGUCUUAUAUCCUUGGUUACUCUUGAUUUAAUCUAA